AUGCUGAACACAAUUAGGCAAAGAUAUUGGCCUUCAGGGGGCAGAAAUCUUACACAUCAUAUUUUUCACCAAUGUGUGAGAUGCUUCCAAACCAGCCCAAAACUACAGGUGCAGCUGAUGGGUAAUCUUCCAACGGCCAGAGUGACUGUACCUCUGAGACCAUUCACAGUAUCUGGAGUCGAUUACUGUGGCCCAUUUUUUGUCAAACCUUCUCGUAAAAAAGGACAACAAGGAACAGAGUGCUACAUUUGUGUAUCCAUUUGCUUCAGCUGCAAAGCAGUUCAUCUUGAGCUAGCUGAAGACAUAUCAACUGCUUCAUUCAUUGCUGCACUGCAACGUUUCAUAUCCAGAAGAGGGAGACCAUCAGAAAUGUACUCUGACAAUGAAACUAAUUUUGUAGGAGCCCAAAGAGAAAUUCAACACAUCUUGGACAGUGAAAAAUUCCAAACCUCAAUUGCUCAAGAGGGUAUAAAGUGGCACUUUCAGCUUCCAAGUGCACCAAACUUUGGCAGUUCAUGGGAAUCUUCGGUGAAACUAGUGAAAACUCACCUGAAAAGAGUUAUUGGUCAAUCAUGCUUAACAAUGAUAGAGUUCAUCACUCUAAUUACUCAAAUAGAGGCCUGUGUGAGUUCCCGGCUUAUUACUCCAAUGUCGCCAUCAGACCUUGUUGCUCUGACUCCAGCACACUUUCUGAUUGGCAUUGUUCUUACCGACCUUCCAGGACCCAUUCUUCUAGAUAUAUCUCAAAAUCGGCUCAAUCAGUGGCAACAUGUGCAGCAAAUGAAACAGCACUUCUGGGCACACUGGUCAAAGGACUACCUUUCCAACCUGCAGCAGCGCUACAAGUGGCAGUCCAACUCCUCUGCUAUUCAACCAGGCAGUAUGGUGGUUGUCAAGGAAGGCAACCUACCACCCUUCAAAUGGCCACUUGCAAGAGUGACUGCAAUUCAUCCUGGACGUGACAAUUGUGUUAGAGUAGCUACAGUAAAAACCACCAAUGGCGAACUCAAAAGACCAGUAAACAAAUUGCGUUUAUUACCAUUUCCUAACAAUUGA